AUGCAUAUCAAUGGAUUUUCAUCGGUGGCUUUUGGCUUGUUGGUGGCGCGGUCUGUUGUCGCAAGCCCGUGUAAGCCGUUAUCCUCCCGUGCCAGCUCCAGUGUCUUGACUACUGCUUCAGAGUCCACAACCCCUAUCUCUGCACCAUCCUCCACAGGUUCUGAAACUUUUGUCUUGGAGACAACCUCGACCGAGAGCGAAGCUGUUACUACCGCUAAGACAAAUGUGGACGAGACUAAUACAGCCACAACGAUUACCAUCGAUACAGCCACUGCCAGCGCAAACUCAUAUACAGAGAUUGAAACUUCAAAUGUAAUCGAAAUAAGUACUAUCCCCACCGGUACUGCGGCCGAUGACACGACAACCACGACUACCGAUGUGUCCUCAACUGCUGAAAGUACUACUACCACCUAUACAAGCAACGCUGAGACAAUUACUGAAACUUCAGCUGCCGUCGACACCACCGCAACGAUCGCACAGACAACAACGGAAACUAAAACUACUACUAGUGUAGUUGGUGCAACUACUACCUCAGUCGAAACAUCAACUGCAUCUACAGACAGCACAACAGUUACAACCGAGGAGAGUACACCAUUAACAUCCAAGGAUAUCACAACAACAUCAACAACCAAGGAAAGCACUACGUUUGUCUCUUUGGGCAGCACGACAACAACUGAGGGGGCCUCAACAGUCACUGAUAGUGUCACCUCUCCUUCCGAGCGCAGUACAACAACAACCUCAGCAGCAGAUUAUACUACUUCAACAUUCGAAAGCGGCACUGUAACAUCUGGUGACAGGACCACUAUCAUUACAACUGCGUCCGAAGGUAUCACUACUACAACAUCUGAAGAUAGUACGAGCACAAACCAAGACACUACGGCUACUUUCACGGCGUCAACUGAGAGCAUCGCUAUUGCUAUGACGACUUCAUCCGAGGAGAUUACUGCAACGACCGACGGUACUACUCUUUCUACCACGGCGCCAUCCGAGAACGGCAGUACAACAACUGGGGGUAGCAUUACUGCCAUUACUACAUCAUCAGAAGGCAGUGCUGAAACAUCUGGACUAAGCACAAUAACUUCUGGCGACAGCACUACUACUGUCACGGCUUCAUCUGAAGACAGCACUACUACGAUUGCAACUUCAUUAAGAGAGAGCACUGCAACAACUGAUGAGCUUACUUCCACGGCUGUGGAGAGUUCCACUACCGCAGCGGCCACCACCACCGGCUGUGUUUCAAAUACCGUCCUCGCAAACCCCACGCCUCUGUUCACCUCGGGGGACGUUCACUUUGAUGAAUAUGACACUGUUCAACUUCCUUUCCAAGUCGGUAUAUACGGCUCCCUCUCAGACACAGUCUAUGUUGGUGUGGCCGGGAUGUUAUCAAUCCUCGAAGCCCCAAAGUUUGAGUACGUCGGCAACUAUGAGCUCCCCUUCCCUUACUUCCCGUCUGUGUCUAUCUUCCCAUACUGGAGCGACAUGUUCAUUUCAACCGAGACUUGUGGCUCAGGCAUUUCGUACGAUGUCUACGGGACCUCCCGAGGCCAGACGUUCACUGUUGAGUACAGCACAAUUGGUAUAGGUGGUAAUGGUGUAGAGUUUAAUCACUUCACCGUUAGUCUGUACAAGGACCAUCCGGGGUUGGUUAGGUUUGUAUACUAUCGCACUGAUAAUAAUGGUCGAGGUGCAACUGUUGGUAUUCAAGGAGGGAACUCUUACUCGCAGUUCUCUUAUGAUAUGAGGUCUAUACUGGAUGAUUUCUACGUCGAGAUUGACACGAGCAGUGGAGAUGCUUUUACAACCAGUGGCCAACUGUGA